GGAGCGGCCCGCGGAGCUGCGGAGGCAGCCAUGGUCGGGGCGCUGUGCGGCUGCUGGUUCCGCCUGGGCGGGGCCCGCCCGCUCAACCCGUUCGGCCCGGUGAGUCUCCCCGGGGAGGGAGGCCGGCCGGUGGCCCGGGGGAGGGCCGUCUUUACCCCGCCCCUUGCCCCGGCGCCCCGGGGCAGAGUCCCGCGGAAGAAGCAGACGCUGGGGCUGCGAGUGUGCGUGUGCGCGCGUGUUAUGUGUGUGCGCAGGGUCUGCAUAUGUUCUUGGGGGUCUGGGUGUAUGUGUACGCUCGUGUGUCUGCGUGGUGUCCGUCAGUGGGUUUCCGCGCGCUUGUAUUUUGGGGGGGGGGUGUUGAUGUCUGCCUGCUUGUGUCAGCGUAUGUCUUCCGAGUGUAUUUCUGUGUGCGUGUGAUUUUAAGGGUAUGUGUCUACCUGUCUGCGUGUGUGCAUUUCUGGGGGUUUGUGUGUGUGUGUGUCUGCUUUCCUGUGCAUGUUCCUUUCUUGUGUGAGUGUGUAGUCUUAUGGUUGUGUGUAUGACCGUGCUUGAGUAUUUCUGAGGAUCAGCCUGUGGUUUUGAAAGUGUGCAUCUCCAUCAGUCUCUCUGGCUUCCUGAUGCCUGACUGUGUGCGUGAUGUAGAGGGUACCAUUACAAGGGAUUGACUGCACACAGGCCAGUGUGUGUGCAAGGAGGCUGCAUGUACAUGCAAGAAAUAGCUUGUGCAAAAGAAAGGCGUGUGGAGGCAAGACUCGUAUUUGUGCGUGUGUGCACCUGUGUAUCAUUGUCAACGCAUAUUCCAAUGACCUAACGCGGGCACAGUUUACCCUGCCCCCCGCAAACCCCCCCCAGGCGGCCGGCUGCAGGUCGGCUACAAUUGCCUAGUACUGCGGGCACCCUGGGUUGCCAAGGCAACAGCCUAAGCCCCGCCCUUCCCGCCUUGGAGAAGCGCUGGGGCGCCCCGAGUGGACAGCAAGGAAAGGUCCCUCGCGCCCGGUGGGAAUCUGGGCUAACGCCCAGUUAGAGACGCGCGUCUGAGGUUGUUAGUGGUCUCGAAGAAAAGAGGAACGCGCUCUUCCUCCACUAGGUCCUGGUUUUCCAGAAAGAGCAGAAAGGCGGCUGCUGCUGUGGCCCACAAACCCCCCGACCCCGAAGCCUGGGGAUGCGGGCUCAGGAAACAGCCCCAAAACAUCCCGGAGGGAAGAAUAGGACCCAAGACGGGCCCCCGGCUCCUAGCUCGGACAAGCGCCCAGUUGGCACAAAAUAAAGAUGUGCUGGCCAGGCGCGGUGGCUCACGCCUGUAAUCCCAGCACUCUGGGAGGCCGAGGCGGGUGGAACACGAGGUCAGCAGUUCGAAAACAGCGUAGCCAACAUGGUGAAACCCUGUCUCUACUAAAAAAUACAAAAAUUAGCCGGGCGCGGUGGCGGGCGCCUGUAAUCCCACUAUUCGGGAGGCUGAGGCGGGAGAAUUGAUUGAACCCGGGAGGCGGAGGUUGCAGUGAGCCGAGAUUGUGCCACUGUACUCUAUCCUGGGCGACAGAGCAAGACUCCGUCUCAGAAAAAUAAAAAUAAAAUAAAGAUGUGUUUGCUGGACUCCUGGAAGGAAGCAGGCGUGCUCAUCCUAGGCCCAAGAAAUGACAGGAACAACCCUGAUCCAGUCCACGGUAUUAUCAAAAUCUCACAGGAAGCUUAGGAGGGCAGCCACGAGGUUAUCCCAUUUUACUGACAAACUGAAAACACAAGGUCAGGAAGUGGCAGUCUCAAAGGCCUGUCCUGUUUGAGUCCUGGGUCCUAAGGGCUGUCGUCUGGGGUGGCAGAGACCCCAGACUGGAGGAGUCCACGAAGCAGGUCAUUUGGCCAGAAGCUGUCUGUGUGUGGGAUGCAUUCUUGGUGGAAAAGAACCUUGUAUGUGAAGCGCCACACUCAGGGCCUGCUCUCAUAAGCGCUUGAUGAACGGAAGUGGUUUCAGCUGAUGCCAUGAUGGUGGUGGUCAUUGAGCAUGCUGUGUGCCAGGGAACACCUCAGAUGCACCUCCUCACACUGUGAGACUGUGGUACAGACCUCCAUGAGCCGGUCCCAGGUAGCCCUGCUGGGCCUGAGUCUGCUGCUCAUGCUCCUACUGUAUGUGGGGCUGCUGGGCCCCCCUGAGCAGACUUCCUGGCUCUGGGGAGACCCCAAUGUCACAGUCUUGGCUGGUCUCACCCCUGGCAACUCCCCCAUCUUUUACCGCGAGGUGCUCCCACUCAACCAGGCACACAGGGUGGAGGUGGUGCUGCUUCAUGGAAAGGCCUUUAACUCUCACACGUGGGAGCAGCUGGGCACACUGCAGCUACUGUCACAGAGGGGCUACCGGGCCGUGGCCCUUGACCUUCCAGGUUUUGGGAACUCGGCACCUUUGAAGGAGGCAAGCACAGAGGCAGGGCGGGCAGCGCUGCUGGAGCGGGCGCUGCGGGACCUGGAGGUACAGAAUGCAGUGUUGGUGAGCCCCUCGCUGAGUGGCCACUAUGCCCUGCCCUUCCUGAUGCGAGGCCACCACCAGCUACAUGGAUUCGUGCCCAUCGCACCCACCUCCACCCAGAACUACACCCAGGAGCAAUUCUGGGCUGUGAAGACUCCAACCCUUAUCCUGUAUGGAGAGCUAGACCACAUCCUGGCUCGAGAGUCACUGCGGCAGCUCCGCCACCUGCCCAACCACUCUGUAGUGAAGCUACGCAAUGCAGGCCAUGCCUGCUACCUCCACAAGCCGCGAGACUUCCACCUUGUCCUGCUUGCCUUCCUUGACCAUCUACCUUGAACUAACCCACUCCCAGGUCCCGGCCUGGCCUGAGCUUCGACAGUCUGGACCGCCAGCCACCCUCCCCCGACCAGGGAGACAGCCUCUGGGAUUGGAGGCCAGAGGCCAGAGGGUCAGACCCAGCCAGGACUUCUCAUUUCAUCUCACAGACACAAUAAAAAAGCAUAUUUGCCCUGCCUGGAAAGUGA